AAAGCGCGGGGUUAAUAAACGCAACACGCAGUUCCAAAAAGCGCUUGUCACACAUCUCGCCCCCCGUCCAGUUUCCUCUCCCAGCAUGAGCUCCGUGGAAGACUCCAGCAGGCCUCUCAAAGUCCUCAUCGUGGGCGCCGGCUUCGCGGGGCUCACGGCCGCCAUCGAAUGCCGCAAGCGAGGCUUCGACGUGAUUCUUUUCGAAGGCAACAGCUCGCGUCGGCAGCUCGGCGACAUCAUCUCCUUCGGCUCGAACAGCGGGCGCAUCUUCCGCUCAUGGCCGGGCGUCGAGGAGAAGCUGGACCCCAAGUGCCACCAUUCUGACGGUCUCGACUUCCGCACCUACGACGAUGAGUUUCUGUGCCGGCAGGUGUGGGAUGCGGAGGCGGAAUGGGGGAAGCGCUUCAACGGCCAUCGUGGGGAGAUCCACGGGGUGGUGUGGGACCAUGCGUUGAGCGUAGGCGUGGACAUCCGACUGAGCUCCAAGGUGCAAGAGUACUUCGAGACGGACACGGAAGCCGGCGUUGUGGUCAAUGGGGAGAAAAUCGCGGGCGAUGUGGUGCUCGCCGGAGACGGAGUGAGGAGUCUGGCGAGGACGAUCGUGCUGGGCUUCGAAGAUAAGCCGAAGAGCUCCGGGUAUGCGGUGUACAGGGCGUGGAUGGGGACCGAGAAGUUGAAGGAGGAUCCUUUGACUGCGUGGUUAGCCGAUCCGAACACCGACCACCAUGUCGGAUGGCUGGGUCCGGAUGUCCACUUCCUCGUUGCGACGCUGCAGAAUGGGACCGCUAUGAGCUGGGUCCUGACGCACAAGGACGAAGCCGACGUAGAAGAAAGCUGGUCCGCGCCAGGCUACAUCGAGGAAGCCGUGAAAGCCAUCCCCAACUGGGCACCCAUCUGCCACGCCAUUAUCCGGGCGACGCCCGAAGACCGUCUCGUGGACUGGAAGCUCGUCUUCCGCGACCCUCUCCCUACCUGGAUAGGCCCCAAGCGACGCAUCGCACUCAUUGGCGAUGCCGCGCACCCCUUCCUACCGACCUCCAUCCAAGGCGCCUCGCAAUCCAUGGAAGACGGCGUGACAGCCGCCGUCUGUCUUGAACUCGCGGGCAAGGACAACGUGCCCGAAGCGAUUCGCGCGUACGAGAAGAUACGAUACCCGCGCGUGCUAGCAACGCAGAGAACAGGCGUUACGAACCGCGAUGCAUGGCACAAGGCGGAUUUUGACUACGUGCGGAAGAACCCGGAGAGCGUGAAGCUGCCGCGGUUGGACUGGAUACUGAACUUUGAUUGUGAGAAGCAUGCGUACGACGUGUAUAAGGAGACUGCAGAGUCGCUGAAGACGGAUCCUGACUGGAAACCCAACCCAGUGUUAUGAGAAUGAGAAUGAGAACAAUUUCGUCCCCUGUAGGAUAGAGCUGUCUGCGGACGAAUUUGUGAGUCCGACCUAGGUCUUCUAUUACGCGUAGUGCCGCAGCCACUCUACAACCCCCACAGAGAGCAGAACCAUCGCCA